AUGGCUUCUGGUGGCAAUCAGAAUUUUCCUCCUCAAAAGCAAGCAUCUCAGCCUGGCAAAGAGCAUGCCAUGAACCCUAACCCUCAGUACUCAAACCCGGAUUACAAGCCCUCCAAUAAAUUCCAAGGGAAGGUAGCACUAGUGACUGGUGGAGACUCUGGGAUAGGACGAGCAGUGUGCUAUUGCUUUGCUCAGGAGGGUGCAACAGUGGCCUUCACAUAUGUGGAGGGUCAGGAGGACAAGGAUGCACGCGACACGCUUGAAAUGAUCAAGCAGGUGAAAACUCCUGAUUCCAAGGAUCCAAUUGCAGUUGCAGCUGAUCUUGGUUUCGAUGAGAAUUGCAAGAGGGUCGUAGACGAGGUGACAAAAGCAUAUGGAUGCAUUGAUAUUCUGGUUAACAAUGCAGCCGAGCAGUACAAGGACAGCUCGGUGGCAGAGAUUGAUGAGCCUCGUCUUGAAAGAGUGUUUAGAACCAAUAUAUUUUCUUACUUUUUCGUGACAAGGCAUGCAUUGAAGCACAUGAAAGAAGGCAGCAGCAUAAUUUGCACAACAUCAGUUAAUGCGUACAAGGGAAAUCAGAAGCUGCUUGAUUAUACAUCAACCAAGGGAGCUAUUGUGGCAUUCGUACGAGGGUUGUCACUUGAGCUAGUGAGCAAAGGCAUCCGCGUCAAUGGUGUAGCUCCUGGACCAAUAGAGUUAUGGACUCCGUUGAUUCCAGCAUCUUUCGAUGAGGAGGAAACUGCAAAAUUUGGCUCUGAAGUGCCAAUGCAGCGAGCUGGGCAGCCCUGUGAAGUCGCGCCAUCCUACGUCUUCCUUGCUUCCAAUGCUUUCUCUUCUUAUAUAACCGGCCAAGUGAUCCAUCCUAACGGUGGGGUUGUAGUAAAUUCGUGA